CCGAGACGCACGACCGCGCGAAAUGAGUUUAGAGUUUUCAUUUCAUCGUCCUUAGAGCUCUGUUAUUGUGUGGAAGGAAUAUCUCCUGCAUCAGUAGUCAAAGAUGUUAUCAAAGAAGCUGAACUUUGUUUUGGCAUAUCUAAUGAUCUCAUGCACGUUAAUUUUAUUGAUAGAGGUGAUCUGAUUGAUUCUUCCUCUUUGAUGGAGUCAAAUAUCGUCAAUGGGUCCACUUUGCAUGUUACAACAUCAAAAUCACUGGAGGCCUUAUUCAAGUCUAUAAUAACGAGUGAUAUGAAUCUCAUUAUACAAAAUAGCUUAUCGAAAUUCUUCCCUUAUCCAUCUGGACCUUUCAUCAGUAUGGCAACAAAAUAUCAGCAGGACUACAUUGCAUCUCGUCUGAAUACUGCUCUCCUGUUUGCUUCUGGAAUGGGUUUGGCAAACGUUUGCAACACACUAAUAUGUUUAGGUGCAAAUGUCAAUGCAAAAACUAAAUUUGGCAGGACACCUUUACAUAUCGCUGCAGCUCAUUUUUCAUCAGAAGAAAUAAUUACAGAUCUUGUUAAUCGUGGCGCUGAUAUAAAAACGAAAGAUAUUUUUGGUGAAACUGCAUUAGAUAUAGCUCGGCGGUAUGGUAAUCAUCAUGUAAUUAAACAAAUACUACGACUUAGUUGGUUACAAAGAUGUAAAUCUUCAAAACCACAAUAUUCGAAUAUACCUCUGCGUGCUUUUCAAAUGUGUGAUUCAGCGUAUCCGAAAUGGCGUCGAAAUCUUAAUGGUCAAAUAUAUUUACAAGUUAGUACAUCUAUAGCUAUUAAGUUGAUGAUCUUGGUAAUUUUAUUUUUUAAAAGUUCACUUAUUUAAAAUUAACUGAAAAAAACUUCUUAAAAAUAAUAAUUACUUAUGAGAAGCAUGUAACAACAGUGUGAGGACGGUCCACGGGUGAACUCGAGGAAGCUCUAAGAAUCUCAGAAAGAGCCGAAGAUAUUCCAUCCAAUCAUCUUUUGGAAGAAUAUUCCAGAAUCCCUACAUGUAGCUUCCCUAUUAGACAAGUGCUAAUAACCCCCUGUGUGCGGAUUGGAUAACUAUAAUGAUGAUUUCGUUUUUACUAAAAAUUAUAAAUACCUAACAGUUUUGUACCAUAAUUGACACUGUUUGGAAUAACAUUCCUUUCACUUGUUUUCUGUCUUCUCAUUUGCGAAUUGAGAGUGUUCUAGCUUCCAGUGCUCAAUUUAUACGCGGUAUAUUACGAAUCUAAGCUCUCAAUAUAACAAACAGUUUAAAUACAUAUGUAUGAUAUAUUUGAAUCAUAUUUAACAGUAGAAUCCACAAUAAUUGCUUAAUCCUAUUUGCUGUUCAUAAUUUGGAACUAUCUCUAUACUAGUGUUUAUAUUUUAUAUCUCAUUGCUAAUCAUUAUCUAGAAUAUACAAUUCACUAAUAAUUCAAUACAUUAAGGUUUAUCUACCAAUAUUAGUUGUAUAAUAAUAUACCCUUGUGGGCCAGGGUAAUUUUACAUCGGUUUUCAGGAGAACCAGACAUCAUCCAGACUUUCACGUGAAAACCCAAACACUACAGCCCAACCCCGUUCAGCAGGAGAACCAGACACUGUAUAGGCUUUAACGUUACAAUCUGAAUAAUACAGCUCAAUCCUGUGGCGCAACCACAUAGGUACCAAUCACACUGGUGGACCAUUAUCUACUAAUAGAGACUAAUCAAAAUUAGUUGUGAAUGUAAACAACAAGAAAAUUAAUGAUUAUAAAAUAUUAUAUUAAAUUGUGUUCGUUCGAAAUGGUACCUCCUUGUAUUUCAUUCAUAUUUUUCUUUUCUUUUUUUAUAAUGUAAAAUUGAGAAACUUACACCAAGAGGUGAAUAUUUUGGAUCAAGACUGGAUGCACCAAAAUGGAAUUGGCCUAAAUUAGAAAUGGUAUUAACUAGAAAACAGAUGCAUCUUGAAGCAAGAUCAACUGGUAAUCGUGUCAAAUCUGCCUUACCUUUUUCAUGUGCAAAAUAACAUCAUCAUCACAAAGCCUAACUAACAAUAAAGCGGAAUUUUAAAUUUUGCACCUUCUAAAUUUUAUGUUCAGAUAAUGCAAGAUGAUAUUCUUGUUCUUCUAUACAACACUCAUCCAAUAAUCAAGAUAAAUAGAUGUUUAUAAUGUAAACUAUAUUUCUGUUCAAUAGUUC